AUGACAGUGAGCUGGAAAGAAGCAGUGGGACUGGUGGGCUCGUACGCUGUAUUGCUUUUCAGAGACAAUCUCAUGGUGAAAAACGUCACAGACCUGAGCAACUUUACUACGAAUGUAAAAUUGAAUCUCUUUUACCGCGCCUGCCGCUGUUUCUGGCGUCACGGCAAUUGGAAACACAACUGCAAUGACAGUGAGCUGGAAAGAAGCAGUGGGACUGGUGGGCUCGUACGCUGUAUUGCUUUUCAGAGACAUUCUCAUGGUGAAAAACGUCACAGACCUGAGCAACUUUACUACGAAUGUGGGGUUUACGGAUCUGAUACCUGGAGUGCUUUACUGUGUGGAAGUGGUCACCACAAGUGGACCUUUAAUGAACGCAGCCUCAAGGGUCUGCAACGCAACUUGGCCUGCAGCUGUUUCUGGCGUCACGGCAAUUGGAAACACAACUGCAAUGACAGUGAGCUGGAAAGAAGCAGUGGGACUGGUGGGCUCGUACGCUGUAUUGCUUUUCAGAGACAAUCUCAUGGUGAAAAACGUCACAGACCUGAGCAACUUUACUACGAAUGUGGGGUUUACGGAUCUGAUACCUGGAGUGCUUUACUGUGUGGAAGUGGUCACCACAAGUGGACCUUUAAUGAACGCAGCCUCAAGGGUCUGCAACGCAACUUGGCCUGCAGCUGUUUCUGGCGUCAUGGCAAUUGGAAACACAACUGCAAUGACAGUGAGCUGGAAAGAAGCAGUGGGACUGGUGGGCUCGUACGCUGUAUUGCUUUUCAGAGACAAUCUCAUGGUGAAAAACGUCACAGACCUGAGCAACUUUACUACGAAUGUGGGGUUUACGGAUCUGAUACCUGGAGUGCUUUACUGUGUGGAAGUGGUCACCACAAGUGGACCUUUAAUGAACGCAGCCUCAAGGGUCUGCAACGCAACUUGGCCUGCCGCUGUUUCUGGCGUCAUGGCAAUUGGAAACACAACUGCAAUGACAGUGAGCUGGAAAGAAGCAGUGGGACUGGUGGGCUCGUACGCUGUAUUGCUUUUCAGAGACAAUCUCAUGGUGAAAAACGUCACAGACCUCAGCAACUUUACUACGAAUGUGGGGUUUACGGAUCUGAUACCUGGGAGUGCUUUACUGUUGUGGAAGUGGUCACCACAAGUGGACCUUUAAUGAACGCAGCCUCAAGGGUCUGCAACGCAACUUAUUAG